AUGGAUGGAAUAGUGACCACAGGUUCCGAGAGAUCACCUCCACACCCUCCACCUGAACCGAUUCAACGCCCGCCCAGCCCACCUCCCCCUCCACCUGAAGAUUCGGCCGCGCCUCCGCCGCCACCAGAUACCGCAGCUCCUCCGCCUCCUCCAGAUGAUAUACCACCCCCACCGCCCGCGGAGACUAAGAAGAAGCAGGGAUGGGGCACCAAGCGGCCGGCAGCAACUCCAUUGAGUGUGGAAGAGCUCAUCCGCAAGAAGAAAGAAGCUGAUGCGGCCACGGCGAAGGUGAGUCUGUCUUCCUUCGGAGAACAUAUCGCAGCGCAAAUACAUCAGGAGAUUAUGCUAACAUUCACUUCUUUUAUGCAGCCCAAGUUCUUAUCAAAAGCCCAACGAGAAAAAAUCGCAUUGGAGAAGCGAGCCCAAGAGGUUGAAGCAGAACGGCAAGCAAAGGCCCGCGCCAACGGCGGGGAUCGCAACGGGUUCGCCGCGGAGACAUCUUCAGCAAGACCCCACGAGCCAAGGAACAAUCGCGAUGACCAAGAAGCUAGAAAUUUUCCCACUGGACCACGAUCGAUGCGCGAUGAAGCCCCGACUGGACCUGCUGCCAUGCGGAAGGGAGGUAGACAGGGUCGCGAUCACGACAUGCCACCACCACCCAAAGCUGCUAAAGGCGAGAAGCGAUUGACCGAGGAGGAUUCCGCAGUGGCGCUUGCUGCGCUGACCAAGCAACGCUACAUGGGAGCAGAGCAGACGUCGAACUUCUCGGCGAAAAAGAAGCGCAAGCGUACAACGGACCGAAAGUUCAACUUUGACUGGAAUAUCGAGGAGGACACAAGCGGCGAUUAUGAUCCCCUUUAUCAGCAGCGACAUGAGGCCAACUUCUUCGGCCGGGGUCGUCUGGCAGGCUUUGGCGAUGAUGUCGCCGAUGAAGUGACCCGUAAAUACGUACAGGCCCUGGAGGCCCACGACAAAGAAGCAGGUGGAGCGCGCGCGAAGGAGAUCAUGGAGAUGGAACGUCGUCGGCGUGAGGACAGCACUCGUAACCAGUUGGACAAGCACUGGAGUGAGAAACGGUUGGAGCACAUGCGCGAGCGUGACUGGCGUAUUUUCAAGGAAGACUUCAAGAUCAGCACAAAGGGCGGUGGUAUACCAAACCCUAUGCGCUCAUGGGAAGAAAGCUUGCUGCCAAAGCGUCUGUUGGAACUUGUUGAUCGUGUGGGAUAUAAAGAACCAUCCGCUAUCCAGCGUGCAGCUAUCCCCAUCGCUAUGCAGGCGCGUGAUCUUAUCGGUGUCGCCGUAACAGGUUCCGGUAAAACAGCGGCAUUCCUACUCCCACUUCUGGUCUACAUUUCCGAGCUACCACGACUCGACGAGAACGAAUGGCGCAAAAACGAUGGACCGUACGCUAUUGUCCUGGCACCCACUCGUGAACUGGCACAGCAAAUCGAAAUCGAAGCCAAGAAAUUCACCCAACCGCUCGGAUUCAACGUCGUCAGUAUUGUCGGUGGUCACUCAAUUGAAGAACAAGCCUACAGUCUACGCGACGGAGCCGAAAUCAUCAUCGCUACACCCGGUCGUCUAGUCGACUUCAUCGAGCGUCGCAUGCUAGUCCUAAGCCAAUGUUGCUACGUGAUUAUGGACGAAGCAGAUCGCAUGAUCGACCUCGGAUUCGAAGAACCGGUCAACAAAAUCCUCGACGCCCUCCCAGUAACCAACGAAAAACCAGACUCAGAAGAAGCCGAAGACUCCCUCGCCAUGAGCCAACACCGCUACCGCCAAACAAUGAUGUACACAGCAACCAUGCCUCCAGCCGUCGAGCGCAUCGCACGCAAGUACCUCCGCCGUCCAGCAAUCAUCACAAUCGGCGGCGUCGGCGAAGCAGUCGACACAGUGGAGCAGCGCGUGGAAAUGAUACCAGGAGAAGACAAGCGCAAGAAGCGCCUCAACGAAAUCCUCUCGUCAGGCGAGUUCCGCGCACCAAUCAUCGUCUUCGUCAACAUCAAACGAAACUGCGAUGCCAUCGGGCGCGAUAUCAAAAAUAUGGGCUUCUCAUCUGUUACGCUGCAUGGUGGCAAAUCGCAAGAACAGCGUGAAGCCGCGCUUAACUCUGUUCGGAAUGGUCAGACGGAUGUUAUGGUUGCGACGGAUUUGGCGGGACGUGGUAUUGAUGUGCCUGACGUGUCGCUUGUCGUGAACUUCAACAUGGCUGGUUCGAUUGAGUCUUAUACUCAUCGUAUUGGUCGUACUGGUCGUGCUGGAAAGAGUGGUACUGCUAUUACUUUCCUUGGUAACGAGGAUACGGAGGUUAUGUAUGAUCUUAGGCAGAUGCUUAUGAAGUCGCCUCUUUCGCGGGUUCCUGAGGACCUGCGGAAGCAUGAGGCUUCGCAGUCUAAGCCCAAUAAGGGUCUUGGUGGGAAGAAGAUUGAGGAUAGUUCUGGGUUUGGAGGAAAGGGAGGAUGGGCUUAA